AUGAGUAUUCGGCAGCUGCUGGAGACCAUCGAGUCCCGCAUUUUGGUGCUCGAGACGCUCUGCGAGGGCGGGUCCGACGUCUACGCGCAGCUGCGGCGCGUUGUGGAGCAGUUCCAGGGCUUUCUGGCCGAGCACGCGGACCUGAUGCGUGUGCUCGAACGCGCACAGACACAGGGGCUCUUGGGUAUUACUCCGGUGUCGCGCGACGACAGCAUGUCUGUGGAGGAAAAAUGCCGGCUCGUUGUUGCGUCCUUGCACGAGAUGGAGCAGCACGUGAACAAGCUGGACGAAUUGCAGCUGCGUCUCCAGCAAUGGGACGAUCUGAUGAGCGACGCCCGGACGCGGACGGCUGCGGCGAAACUGAUGGCGUUUGACCAGAGGAACGUGGCCGAGGCGAUGGACGCGCUUGUGGCGCUGAAGAAACGGUUCUAUGCUGCCGUUGUGCGCUCCAACCGGCUUAUGCGCAUGUACAUGGUCGACACGUUUGAGCAGGCGACAUUCUAUCUGGACGUGGAGACGAAGCUCCGUCGGUACACGGCGCUGGUGGAGCAGAAGCAGAGUAAAUAG